GUGACUGAUUGUCCUCACUCAUUACUAUCUAUCUUCUCUUCCUUUGAGAUUUCAAUAUCUUUCAAAUUCAAGAGCUCUCUCAUGGAGUUUAAUUGCCCGAGUCUUCUCAUACUCACUCUAGUUGUCUUGUUUUCAUCAAUUUUAGUCUCCAAUUCAGUGUUUGGCAAAACUACCACCACCCAUUGUGAGUUUGCGGCAGUAUUCAACUUUGGAGACUCGAAUUCCGACACGGGCGGUUUGUCGGCGGCAUUCGGACAAGCCCCUCCGCCCCAUGGAGAGACAUAUUUCCAUGCGCCCGCCGGACGGUACUGCGAUGGCCGUCUUGUAAUUGAUUUUAUAGCUGGAAGCUUGGGACUGCCAUAUUUGAGUGCAUACCUAGAUUCAGUGGGGUCUAACUUCACACACGGAGCCAAUUUUGCAACAGCAGGGUCCACAAUUAGACCUCAGAAUACAACUCUUCAUCAAAGUGGGUUCAGUCCCAUCUCUUUGAACGUUCAGUGGUAUGAAUUCAAUGAUUUCCAUCGUCGCUCCCAAAUAUUCCGUAACCAAGGAGGAGUAUUCAUGAAACUAUUACCCAAGGCAGAGGACUUUUCCAGAGCAUUGUACACAUUUGAUAUUGGCCAAAAUGAUCUCACAGCUGGUUACUUUCUCAACAUGUCAACUGACCAAGUUAGAGCUUAUGUUCCUGAUGUAUUGGGUCAAUUUCAAUCUGUCAUUAAGAAUAUAUAUAAUCAAGGAGGUAGAUCAUUUUGGAUACACAACACAGGACCAGUUGGAUGUCUACCGUAUAUCAUGGACCGUCUACCAAUCACAGCCGGACAGGUGGACAAGGCCGGGUGUUCGGGUCCUUUCAAUGACGUGGCCCAAUAUUUCAAUGUCAAGUUGAAAGAAACUCUGGUCCGACUCCGAAUGGAUCUUCCAAUGGCAGCAAUCACAUAUGUAGAUGUGUAUUCAGUGAAGUACUCCCUCAUCAGCCAAGCUACAAAGCAUGGAUUUGUGCAUCCAUUGCAAGCAUGUUGUGGGCAUGGUGGAAAGUACAAUUACAACAAGCACAUAGGAUGUGGAGGAAAGAAAACAGUGCAUGGCAAAGAAAUUUUAGUUGGGAAGCCAUGCAAAGAUCCAUCAGUGAUGAUCAAUUGGGAUGGGGUCCACUUCACCGAGGCUGCAAAUAAAUGGAUUUUUGAUCAAAUUGUGGAUGGUUCAUUUUCAGACCCACCAAUUCCACUCCAUAUGGCUUGCCAUAGACGACCACCACAUUGACCCAACAUGUAAUCUACUUAGCUUAUUGAAAAUAAUAAUAAUAAUGCAAUUUGUUGUAUUGCUAAUUUAAGUGUUUUGUUGUCGCUUCUUAUUAUGAGUCUGCAAAAAUUAUUCAAUGUCUGUAGUGACAAUGCUAAUCCACUUGGCUCUCACAUAAAUCAAUUAUGGGGUUUUAUUUUUUUA